AUGGGAUCACUGCCAUUGUCAACAGACUCAAAGCCUCUUGGAUCAUAUCCAAGCAGCGGCAUCAAUGUCCUGAUCGUCGGUACUGGUCUCGCCGGCCUGACGGCCGCGAUAGAAUGCACUCGCAAAGGCCAUAGUGUCCAAGUCCUGGAGAGGAAUGCCAGCAUCAACACAGCGGGUGAUAUGUACUUCAUGGGACUCAGCGCUACCAGGUUCAUGAAACACUGGCCGGAGCUGGCCCAGGAAUAUGACGAGAUCUCUCUGCACAAUGCAUGGAUUGAGACAUUCAAGCACGACGGAGAGCAGAUGAUCAAGCCUCUGAAGGUAGCAGUGAGAUUGAAGGCGGCCGGUCUCGAUCCCAACACCCCUCCGGGCACCUUUCAAAUGCGACCGCUUGUCUACAGAAUGUUUGUACGACAAGUCGAGAGGCUCGGCGUCAACAUUGAGUUUGGUGCCCGGGUCAUCGACUACUUUGAAAAUGAAAAGACCGGGAAGGGAGGUGUCACUACGGAGGACGGCAGGCGCUUCGAAGCCGACAUUGUCAUCGCUGCCGACGGCGUUGGAUCUAAAUCGCAAAAACUCGUUGGAGGUCAAGUCCGCGCCCAGAAGUCGGGCAGAGCUAUGUGGCGGGCGGCUUUCCCAAGAACGGAACUCGACAAGAAUCCCGAGGUGAAAGCAUUCUUUGGUUUGGCCAAUGGGGGCAAAGAUCCCAUUGUGCGAACUUGGCUUGGACCUUCAACUUAUGCACUAACCUUGACCCGUCCGGACUUGAUGGUCUGGAUUGUGAACCACGAUGCGACGGGAAGCGAGUCAGAGUCGUGGAAUAACACCAUCGAAGCCGACGAAGUGCUGGAAGGUCUAGACCAAGUUCCAGGACCUAACAAGUGGGCACCAAUUUUCAAGGAGCUUGUCAAAUGCACGCCGCCCAAGACGAUCCUGAACUUUGAACUUCUCUGGAGAAAUCCCCAACCGAGCUGGACCUCACCUCUUUCGCGCGUUGUGCAGAUUGGUGACAGCGCCCAUUCAUACCUGCCUGCAUCCAGUAAUGGUGCCACCCAGGCCAUUGAGGACGCGGUAUCUCUGGCUACGUGUCUGCAAAUAGGAGGCAAAGAGAAUAUUGCAGAGUCUGUUCGCGCUCACAUCAGGAUGCGAUUUGUUCGCAACGCAUGUGCUCAAAAGCUGGGCUUUUCCAAUGCCGAGCUGCUCCAAGAUACGAAAUGGGACAAGGUCAAGAUGGAUCCGCGCCGGGCCAAUCCAAGUCUGCCCAAGUGGAUCUAUAGCCACAACCCGGAAGAGUAUGCAUACGACAACUACCACAAAGCGGUGGAAUCCGUGAAGAUGGGAAUCUCUCUGGAAGACGAUGACCGCCUACCUCCCAACUAUCCACCCGGCUACAGGUACCAGCCGUGGAAUAUCGAGAAGAUCAUGGAUGACAUGAGGGCAGGCAGACCAUUUGAGUUGGGUCCUGGUGACUGGUCUUAG